AUGUAUGCACCCGUUCCGAAACACCUACGUUGGUCAGUUCAUAAGCUAAUGAUGACCAAAUUCCCUAGACAUCUGGAAUACCUGAAGAAGGUGAUUCCAGGUAAAUUACCUAUUGCUAAAGAAACCGUAUACCGGAGAACUGAACGAUUCAUGAGUCAAACAAUGAAGAUUUUGGCCACAUAUUACCCAAUCCCUCAAGCCGGACGUGGUCGAGCUGCGGUGCUCAAUCUCCAACAGCACGGUAUCACGGGAGAACGUCGGAAUGCGUUGCUGGAAUGGGUUGAAGGCAGUGAGAUGUUCAACAACUUGGAGGAUAUGCUGCCGGAUACUAUAGUGCCCGCCAUAGUAUUGACAAUGUAAAUUUCGUAUUUCAGUAGGAUUACACGCGCUCGUAUUAAAAAGGAACUGGA